GUCAGCACGCGCCUUCCGUAAAGAUGGUGUGAUUGGAUAGAAAAUGGCGGCCAGAAGCAAAGAUGAUUCAUUCAAAUACAAAACUCUGAGACCGUGUGUUGUGUACAUAUAUGGAAACCCAAGCAGAGGACACUGUGCGGAGGAAGAUGGAGUCGCUGCGAUUGAUCUACGACGGAGAGAUACCGAUUCAGCAGCAGAAGAUGGAUUCUCUAACGGCUUCGUUUCGGAAAUCCCUGGAAUUGAUCGGGGUUACAGCGCGGGAAACCUUCCAAAAUCAUGGAAAAAUAGGGGAGGUUAAAGCUAAGCUGAGACUGGCGGAGGAUGAUUUGGUGAAAGCACUAGCAGUGAAGACCCGUAAAGAAGCUGAGAGGAUGGCGAAAAUGGAUGCUAUUGCUGCUCAAAAGGCAAGAGUAGAAGAGCUUAGAAGAAGCGUGCUAGAGCAGAGGGCUAAUAGGGAUGAAUAUGCCGCAAUUAUAUCUCAACAAUUUCUAGCUCUGGCAGCAUUUGAAGAUAGGAGUAACAAAGAAGUUGAAUGUAAAGCUCAAGCACAAGAUGCAACUUUGUGGUAUAAUAGAGUUCUUGGUUUCCAUGUCGAAGGCGGACAUGGGGUAAAAUUUACAUUCAAGAACAUUAAUCCAAAAAACCCAAAUGAGAAGUACUCUUUCACCAUUCGAUAUGCAUAUGAUACUUACACCUUGUUAGAUUGUGAUAUACACUUGAAUGACACCAAAGAGUUGAUCCAUGAAUUGAACAGAACCAAUGGUUUAUUCAAAUUUGUCAGAAUCAUGAGGGAGAAGUUUCAAGAAGCUAUGGCUCAAGGGUUUUUGCCUCAAUCAACUACUGGUCAUCAAGAGUCUUCCAUGAUCUCUAUGUCGGCUCCAGUUUUGUCCGUGUCAACUGACAGAAGUGAAUCCAGUGACCAUCGUGUUCAACAUGGAGAAGGCAAUAGACCUAAGAAAGUACUCCAUGCAAGAGUGAUGAAACCUGAUGUUUUGUCUCCAGGAUCAGCAUCAUCUGUUAGAUGUUCCCCUCGUUUGAAGGUUUAUAUAUGAAGAUGGUGGCUGUUAUAUCACAUCAAAAUUGAUUCAACAUACACCUCGGGCCGUAAGCUCUCAGCUAGUCAUAACUCAUGACUCAGGCCGGUUCACGAUUGACAUGCAAAGCACAACAUACAAGUGUUUGCCGUUUAGAAACAGAUGACAGCCUCACCAUUUUAUGUUCCCAGAAUUCUGUACGGUGUACUUUGUUUUAAUCUAAUUAUCAGAUUUUAACUGCUGAUACAACUCUUACAUGUAUUUCUUAGUUAACUCAAUUACUUCAUUGCCAAUUCUUCCCUUAAA